AUGUCCACCGCGACCCUGAGAAUGCGAAACUGGCGGUCGGGCCUCACCUCCAGUUACUGGUCGUUUCCCGCCGAGAAGGUGAACGCCGAGCGGGUGACAGAAAUCUCACACCGCGUCUCCACUCUGGCUCCACGGAGAAACGUCCUCUCCGGGGAGUCUCGUCCUCUUCACGGCGGUAAGGGUAAUCAGGCGCCGCGCCCCGAUCCUCCUGUGCCUGUGGGGACCACUCCCGGGUAUUCCUGGAUCCGUAUCGCAUGCUUCCUUCAAGUCAGUUGCGCCCUGUUCGUGGCAUUUGGCCCGCAGCCCAGGGUCAAGUCCAGCCAGAAAGCGACGGAACUUCUCACCAUUCUGUGCCAUUUUGUCAUACUCCGGGAAAGCUUCAGCAAUGAGCCGGGAAAGGUCCGCAGCGUACAGCUCCAGGCUUUCGCUCGCCCCACGGGGACGAGCCGAGACGCACGUCUGAAAAUACAGCAAAAACUGUUUCUGUCCAAAAGCCUUAUUGAGUUUUUCCUUCACCCGUUCAAAAUCACACUGCACAGACGAGGGCAGGCUGUCCCACAACAGAAACGCUGCACCAUCCAGCCGGGUGGGCAGCAGAGCGGUUAA